CUGACAAUGAUACUCAUGGAAAGAGUCAGUAAGUCCUCGACCGCCGAAGCGAUGAUUUCCACUGGUUGGCUAUUUCGUUGACUUCGCUAAGUGUAUCGCCAGACUGCUGACUACAUUAUCACUUUCAACGGUAUCACCAGCGUUUCUUCACUUUCAUUCAUUUUCGGGACUGUCAAGCGACGAACAAUUAAUUUAAUAUUCUUGUGCUGGGUGGUCUGAUUUAAUAAUUUUAAAUAUUUAAAAAAAGUGUGAAAAAUUAAAAAAAAUUAUCUUUUCUUUUUAAUCACAAAGUUUUACUGUAGUUUCUCAUAACUGACUAAAGAAUGGAUUGGCUAUUGCGUUUAGUGGCUUUUCUUUUAAUGAAAACAGUUUUCUUGGUCAAACCAAUACAUUGGUUAUUGAGAAAAAAACGAUUGGCCGUACCACCUGUUAAGGAUCCCAUUAUUAACCUGAGUGCCACAACAUUGGCAAGGAAAAUCCGCGAGAGAGAGAUCUCCAGCGAACACGUGGUAGAGGCUUACAUUAAGAGAAUCAAGGAAGUUAAUCCGAUCCUGAAUGCAGUUGUCGAGGACAGAUACGAAGACGCCUUGAGGGAGGCCAGAAACUGCGACAAGAGGAUUGAGACUGGAGAGGUCAACGCCAUUCGGCUCGAGAUCGAGCAGCCACUUUACGGUGUUCCGCUUACAGUCAAGGAGAGCUGCUCAGUUAAAGGUUUGAACUACACCGGUGGCUGCCUGCUACGUAAGGGAGUCAAGGCUGACUCUGAUGGACUCGCUGUCGAAGCCCUGAGAAAUGCAGGCGCCAUCCCUCUUUGUGUCACCAACACGCCUGAACUGUGUCUCGGUUUCGAAGCGAAUAAUUAUCUAUACGGCAAAACAAACAAUCCUUACGAUACUCGACGCACAUCUGGUGGCUCCUCUGGUGGCGAGGGAGCUUUACUGGGUGCUGGAGCCUCUGUUAUAGGGGUGGGUUCGGACAUUGCUGGUUCGAUUCGAAUUCCAGCACUUUUCAAUGGAAUUUUUGGACAUAAACCGACUCCCGGAAUUAUCCCAAUCAGAGGCCAUUUUCCAUUCUCAGAGGGGAAACUCUUUCAGCAAUAUUUGGUAAUAGGACCCAUGGCAAGGUAUUGCGAGGAUCUGUACUUGGCCAUGAAAGUCAUGAGUGCAAACUGCGGGACGAAUUUGCAAUUAGAUGAGCCAGUUGCUCUGAACAAAUUAAAUGUCUUUUAUAUGGAAGACGCUGGACAAACUGUAGGUGUUCCGAAGGUGGACGAGGAUAUUAAGAGAGCAGUAACGAAUGCGUCCAGCUACUUUAAAGGAUAUGGCUGCAACGUGAAGCGGUUUAACGUAGAUAUGAGAGACGCAUUAGAAUACGCCCUUUCCACAUUUUUCACCAUGGAUGAGAUGCCACAGUUGCUGCUAAAUCCAGACGAUCCGAAGAAAGAGAAGAAUCUUUCAUGGGCAGUAGUAAAGUCUUUGUUCGGCUUAUCACCAUAUACAAGAACGGCACUUUACCUGAGAUUCUUAAAAGACGUCAAAGUCUUCAUGAAUGAUAAAAAAAUAUCACAUUACAAAGAACAGGGCAAAGUAUUACGAGAAAACUUUAUGAAAAUACUCGGAGAAGAUAAUGUCUUAGUGUGUCCGUCAUAUACCAGUGCAGCGCUGAUGCACAACGAGACAAUUUUCAACAUGUCAAGUGUGUUGUAUUGUGUUCUAUUUAAUCUUUGGGGAUUUCCCUCAACGCAAGUGCCAAUGGGGUUGAACAAAGACGGACUUCCAGUAGGGGUACAGGUUGUCGCCAUGCCGAAUCAAGACAGACUUUGCUUGGCGGUGGCGAAGGAACUGGAAAAAGGCUUUGGAGGUUGGAUCCCAUUCGCUGCGUAAACCAAUCUACAAAUAAUGAAACUCAGUCUUAAGUCAGAUACCUUAAAGCAUCGCAAGUGUCGUGGGUGGAAAGUAAAUGCUUAGUAAGGUGAAGGUUCGAUACAGAUAGGAGAAAGCGAAAUGAAUAAAUGAUAAUAAAGUACGAUGUUUCGCAAAUUUA